GGUGACCAGUCGCCCGCGUUAUCACGUGACUUGUUCUUGUGAACAUGGCGUUCAGGCCAAACAAGAGGUCUGCUGCGGGAAUUUUUACAACCCUUCUAAAUGUUUUAGUACUUUUAUACGUAUUGUGUUUUAUGUGUGCGCCUGUUCGAGCUGAAAUACGAAGCGCGGUCAUUGACACACGAACCGGACAGCUGUCUGUCCUGGAAGGAUAUCACGAAGAUUUUAUUGCGUGGGCAAACUUCACCGAUGACAUUAAAACAUCAGGCUGGUCUUUCUUGGAGAUCACUACCAGUAGUCGCUACAAUGACAGUCUCCAGGCUUAUGCUGCAGGUGCAGUGGAGGCUGCAGUCACGUCUCAGCUCAUCUAUAAGCACUGGAUGAACACUCUAAUGGGUUACUGUGGGCCCUUCACAAGUCAGACCGCUUACUGUGAGCGCCUUAAGGAUUUCAUCACAACCAAUCUGCAGUGGGUUCAGGAACAAAUAGAGCAGCAUCCGAGUUCACCCUACUGGUACCAGGUGCGUCUGGUCCUGCUGCAGCUGAAAGGUCUAGAGGACAGCUACAAUGACGAGCUGUCAUUUCCAGUGGGGCUGCUCUCCUUCAACCCAUUUGGCUUCCUACUUUUCCAGCUGGGUGGGGAUCUUGAGGACUUGGAAUCAGCUCUGAACAAAUCCAGCCAAACUCGACCUCUUGGAUCUGGUUCCUGCUCGGCUCUCAUUAAGCUGCUACCAAACAAUAAGGAACUGUUGGUGUCACAUGACACCUGGAACACCUACCAGGCCAUGCUGCGCAUUAUGAAGAAAUACAUCUUUGCCUUUAAAGUCUCUCCUUCAGACAGUGAUCUUCUUCCUGGGGGAACUCAGGCAUUCUCAUCUUACCCUGGAUCUAUCUUCUCUGGAGAUGACUUUUAUAUCCUAAGUAGUGGCUUGGUUACUUUGGAAACUACCAUUGGCAACAGCAACCCUGCUCUCUGGAAGUUUGUUCAGCCCGCAGGAACCGUCAUGGAAUGGCUGAGGAACAUCGUGGCUAAUCGACUGGCCACUACUGGCAAAGAGUGGGCCGAAAUAUUCGGCACGUACAACAGUGGAACGUAUAACAACCAGUGGAUGAUUGUAGACUAUAACCACUUCACUCCAGGGAAGACUGAUAUUAAAGAGGACCUCUUUGUUGUGCUGGAACAGAUUCCGGGACUCGUUGUUUACACUGAUAAAACUCAGGAACUAUUGGAGAAAGGCUAUUGGGCAAGUUUCAACAUACCGUACUACGAGGACAUAUUCAAUGCCAGUGGCUGCAAUGAGCUUGUCGAGAAGUUCGGCCCGUGGUUCUCUCUGGACCAGAAUCCACGGGCUCAGAUAUUCAGAAGAAACCAGACAAAUGUCACAGAUGUGGACUCAAUGGUCCGCCUCAUGAGGUAUAACAACUUUAAGGAAGACCCACUGUCAAAGUGUGAAGGCUGUAAUCCCCCUGCAAAUGGCGAGAAUGCGAUCUCGGCCCGUUCAGACCUGAACCCAGCUAAUGGAACAUAUCCGUUUGGUGCCCUAAGGCAGAGACCACAUGGGGGAACAGACAUGAAGAUGACCUCCUAUGAGAUGUUCCGAGGAUAUGGCAUGCUGGCAGUGAGCGGGCCAACCUGGGACCAGGUGCCACCUUUCCAGUGGAGCUCUUCCCCUUACAAAGACUUGAUGCACAUGGGUCACCCUGAUACUUGGGCAUUCAAGCCUAUAAAAGUCACCUGGACUUCAUAAUUGUUAUUAUACUGUAUAUACAAGUGGUAUGAUAAAUACUGAAACCUGUGCUGUUUGAAGCUUUAACAAAGGGAAAUGAUACCUUAAUGUAGUGUUACAUGACUUUUAUAAAAACAAUCCUCACAGAGAGAGUGGCAAUAAUAUUUUGAAAGUAUUGUAUUAUUACAGUAAUGCACUAUUUGAAUAAUUAAAGCACAGAAGAUUAAA